AUGUACUCCGUAAUCGCCGUUGCUGGUGGGCCAAACGGAAGCGGUUCCGACCCCGGAAAUGAUUCCGUACCGCAUCUUCGUCACGUGGAGACAUUGCGCUUCUGGUCACCCCAGUCUCCUGUGCCUGAUCUCGUGGUCUCUCGGAUAGAAUCCCGAGCUUUCCAUGCUCUUCCGUUGUCGAAUUUCCUAUUGCGACUGUUAUCAUGGGCCACUCGGCGUCUGAGUCCCACCCUAGAGCGAAGCGUCGGAAGAUCGCCGUCGCCUGUGAUGAUUGUCGAGCAAGGAAAGUUCGUUGUGAUGGGAUACAACCGGGUAUGUCCUUGCGAUGGGUUCAGACGGAAUGCCACCCGUAUUAACCCAAUGAAGUGUGUGGGCCAUGUAGCAAAAAGACCGACCAUGGGCUUCAAUGUGUCUAUACAGGAGAGUUGGAGAAAAAGCGAGCAAGGCAAACGUGAGCGCCAUCAAUUCUACAGCUAA